UCAAUUUCACAUGAUCAAAACAUCAAAACAAACUGUACGUGCAGUAAAUAGAAAUUAAAAAAUAUGCACAAUUUGGCUUUUGGUUAAAUAAAAUUCAUUCUUGUUAUAUAUUAAGUUGAUAAAAAUGAGUUGUUUUAGAAACAAAUUUCAAUACGAGAGUCCUUGCGAUUCAGACAACGAUUGGACCGAAUCGUCCGGCGAUUCCAAAUGUACGGAUUCAGAAAGCUCGGUUCCUGAAUGGGAUUCAGACGUAGGGGAAGAUGGGGAACUUACGUUUAUUAAAAUCAAGGUUUGCAAUGAACCUGGAGAUAUUUCUAAUACUGCAUUAUUGGAAAAUUAUGAAACAUUCAAAUUAAGAACAGAUUUCAAAAGAUCGUCUACAAGACGCUCUACCAAAGGAAGAAUCUUUAAAGCAUUAAAAUCAAGGAAAACAAGAAAUAAAAACAGUACCAAUAUAAAGAAAAAGGAUACUGACAAUAAUAAUAAAUUAGUUAUUAUUCAAGUUAGUAAGAGCAUGAUAUUUACUAGUGAUAAAAAUUGCCAGAUUGAAAAGUUAUUUGGAAUCAGUUUAGAAACACAUUCUGACGGGAAAACACUCAUUGUAGCAAAUUUCUUACCUGAGGCAAAAGCAAUCUAUAGCCCAAAAGUCAAAGCAGGGUACUUGCUACAAAAAAUCAAUGGAAUUGAAGUGAAUUCUUAUAACAUCAAUAAUGUUCUACAGAGAGUUAGUGAAGAUGUCGAUAGCCCAAAACUAACAUUCCAAGUUGUGACGGAAGGCAUUAAUAUUGAUAUAGAGAAAUUGCUUCUAUUAAAACAGUCACCGGAUAAUUCUAUCACACAAAUGCUAAAAGAUUCUAUGUGCUCUGUACUGUAUAUUUGUGGUAAUGAUAUUGAAUAUCAAACCAAUGACGACAAAGGAGUGUUAUACUGCUAUCCGAGACCUUUUAACCAGAACUUUCUAUACAAUACAAGAGGUGCAUAUGUUACUUUAAAUCAUUUAGCACCAAAAUCAUUGGGAACUAGUGAGCCUAUAUUAUCAACACUGAUACAUAAUUCCACACUAAUCAAUGUGGCAUAUGCGACAAAUAACAAUGAUUUGCUGUUAGUUGCAUUACCUAACAGUUAUGUAGAUAUUUUUUCAGUUAAAAGAACAAUUCAGGACAUGGUGAGGAUUUUAGAAUUCCUAUAUGGAUCAUUACAGACUUGCUUUACGAAACCUAACAAUGUUGAUAAACUAGAUGUAUUAUUUUGUCGUAUUUUUGUUACACUGUUGUUUGAAAAACAGAAAAGUCUGAGUAAUUCUAUUGAAAACAGACAGUUUGAAGAUGUAGUAGGUGCUAAUGCGGUGUCGUUGCCUUUGGAAGUAAAGAUUCAAGUAGAUGAUGCUAUUACUGAGUUAGAGGCUGCAGAUUAUAGAGAAUGGACUGAUGAUGUAGAAAGCUUUCAAAGAAUGUACACAGUGAUUGGAGCUUGCCUUUAUUAUUCUGGUCAUUUAUUGAGUUCUCAUUUACAAGAUAAUGAUUUAAAGGAAAUAAAUGCAUAUCUCAAGCUAAAUGGUGUUUUACGACUCAGUGUUGAGAAAGAAAUUGAAAAACUGGUUAUAUGGAGAGAAGUGUUUAUUAAUGAACAUAGGACUCAGUCUAAACAAGAGAAUAAUGAAUACAGAAUUCCUGACGGGCGUUGGUUUAUUCUCAUAGUAGGAAAAGGACAUUUUAUUCUGGCAACAUUAAUGGAGGCUGGUGGUUGCACUGAAGAUGCAGUAGGAGUAACACCACCUUCACCGUUCUACGUGGAAGAAUGUGAGAGUUGUCUGGAACUUCUAUAUGAUGUAGGUCUCGACAAGUACCUGGCUUCGUGGUUCAAUUCCAAUUCUCAGCCGCAGUUGCAACUAACUCCAGUGAGGCUUACAAAACAUGGGAGGAAAAAGGAAGGAUCUAUAAAAUCAGAUAUCAUCAGAUCAGCCACGCUGAAAUUGUCAAAAUCUCAACUAGACUUAAAGAGAAGGCACAAUUCCUCAGAGCAUAUAAAUACAAACUCCAAUGAGAUUUCCAUACAAAAUGCACAUAGUACAAGCCAUCAUAAUCUUUAUUCUAAUAAAUAUAGACAUUCUAGCUUGGAUGUCAGUUAUUCAGAAGAUUCUGGCAGUGUUAAAAGUACCAGUGAAAUAAGCGAAGACCGUGUGAUGGGCAGAAGAGCGGAUAGAGAACAAAAGAGUCGCCGCGAGUCUUCUGGCUCAGAUUCUGACUGGGAUAAACAGGACGGCAGCAGAUCCAGUAAUAUUGACGUCUCCGACAUAAGAAAAUCAUUACUCAGCGAAUUAGAUAAUGUUACGGUACAUCGAAUAACAGCCGGCGAAGAAAACGUAUUAUUUAACUUCAUAAACCUCGAAACUGAAAGAGGUGUGCUCUUAGCUCCCGUCAAAAGUAUUGAAAAUCAAGCAAAUAAUGUCCUUUAUUCAUACAUUUUGAAGACGUUCAGAGCCGCUUGUAAGAAAAUACAUGAAUUGUUGCAACAUGGUAUAAAGUUUAAAAAGAAUCACUCGCCGUCGAAUCAAAUGAACAAAAUUCUAGUAGCCGUAAAAGAAUACGGGAUGCUGUUUGAAGUGCCGCAAGAAAUUUUGACCGAGUGCGGAAUAAUUAAUAAGAAGAAUUGUGAACCAUUUUGCUUCUGGGUUAUUGGGCGUGUAUUCAGCGACCCCGAGCCGAGAGAGCUUUACGUGUGUUAUCACGAGUCGGUGCCGCAAGAUCUCACGGAAAUCGCGUAUCUAUUAUCGUAUUUAGAAUAAGAAACUUCCAGAAAAAAAAUGUUGUAGUAAUUUAAUUCUAUAGUAUGUAAUAAUAUCCUUAAGGCCAGGAUUUUCCGGAGUAUUAGGCAUUUUUGCUAUCCCAGAACGCGCGAAAUAUAUCUCGCGCGCGUGUCUAAGAUGUACUUGCGUGACCUCGCCGCCCGCCACAGUAUAAAAUUU